AUGGGCCGCCACGCAAAUCCUGACAUACGGAGAGCUUUCGCAGAGUUCCAAGACCAGGAUACGCCCAGCAAGUGUAACAAAGUCCGAUGUCUGCACUGCGGCUUCGUGCGCGCAAAGAACACAACCCGACAAAUCGAGCACCUUCAGGAAUGCCAGCCAUACCUCGCCUCUCCCGAGGCGCAAGCCCAUUUGCUCCAGACACAGCAGCAACAGCAGCAGCAACAACAGCAGCAGCAGCAGCAGAAUGGCGUGUCGACUGACCCGAACUUGCCCCCGGGCCCCAGCCAGAUACUCAACGGCCAGGCACCAAAUCCAAACCUCCAAGUGCAUAGACGAGGCCCGAAUACAAAGCGCGCCCGCGAUGGCCAGCCCAUUGCGCCCAAUAUCCAAAUGGCCACCCCGCAUCUUGCGCCUUCGCUGACUGCGCAUUUACUCUCAACUUGCUCGACGCCCUUCACCCAGGCGACGCAGCAGCCCUUCCUUUCACACGCGGGGUGCGGCUCGUUAGCAGUAGGACCGCUGUCGCAGUGGCUCGUCCAGGACGGGCACUAUGCGCGGGGAUACAUUCGCUUUGUCGGCCAACUGCUGGCCAAGAUACGGUUACCCCAAACGCAGAACUCGCAGUUUCACCACAUGUAUAGGACUAUGGAUCUGCUGAUUUCGGCGCUGAAUAACAUGCGGCGCGAGAUGCAGUUCUUUGAGAUUACAGCGACCAAAUAUGGGCUUGCGCUGGGCAUGGGGAGUCCAACGCCUAUUACGCGCGCGUUGCUUGAUCUUUUUGUCAGCGCGAGUAGUUCGAGCGCGUCGCUGCUAGAAGGCAUGGUCGUUCUGUGGGGCACCGAACAUUGCUAUCGCUCCGCCUGGCAGUACGCCUCCUCUUUCAGCACUUCACUCCCCACGCCCUCCAACGAAUCCCACAUUGUCGCCCUACACCAAGCCCUCAUCCCCAACUGGACAUCCCCGGCCUUUAGUAAAUUCGUAGACGCAACGCGCGCGCUCGUCGACGAGCUAGCAAAUGUCACAACGACACGCGACGGGAAGGAGGAGAUGGUGCGCUGUGAAGAAAUCUUCCGCCAAAUAUGUUGGCUAGAACAGCGGUUUUGGCCCGACGUCAAUGCCUUGGGCGAUGGGAAUGAGUCUACCCGGCUGAAUCCUGGGCUAGGGCCCAUGGGCGCGGGUAUCGACAACGGGAUGAACAGCGGGAUGAGCAAUCAAAUGAACGGCGGCAUGGCGGGGCCCAGUAUGUCCAGCAACGGGAUGAAUAACAGUGGGAUGAACGGCAACGGCAUGAACAGCAACGCUUUGAACAACAGCGGCAUGAACGGCUUAAACAACAUGAAUGGCAACAUGAACGGACCCAUGUCCGCUGGGCUAAACGGCCCCGUUGUAAACGGUGGCGACGGUGCGUCUGGAGGAGACGGCAGAAACAGCUUCGCGCUCUCGAAUGGCAGUGGUCUCGAAGGCGUUGGUCAGGGCUCAUAG